UAAAUGACUUAGUAAAUCAACAUUUCCAAUAGAUUCCCAUGGUCUUUUUUUAUUCUUAUAAAAUACGUGUGAAUUUUCUGAUAGUAGAUGACCUUUAGGUUUGAUCGAGCCUUGAAACACACAAACAACCUCCCCAAACCCUUUAUGGCACGCUUCCCAGUGCAACAGGACAGCAGCCAGCGUCUUCGGUGGAAGGGGGAAUCCCCAGCCCUGUGGGUGGCAGCCCCUGGCCGUACUGAGGGGAGCAGGGCAGGAACCUGGCAGCACCCUGGGGUGCGGGGACCACCCCUCGGGGACCCGGAGCCCCUCAGCCCGAGCUGAGCUUAGGGGCACCCUGGCUGCCAUGUCCCUCCAGGCCCCGUUGCCAUGGCAGAGCAGCAGCGUCCUGUAAUGGCGGCGGCGUGAAGCGGAGGGCAGCCAUGGUGCGGAUCACCGAAGAUCUUGUUCGAAGACGUGCAGAACAUAAUAACUGUGAAAUUUUUUCACUGGAAGAAAUCUCUUUACAUCAGCAAGAAAUAGAAAAACUAGAAUAUCUUGACAAAUGGUGUCGAGAUUUGAAAAUUCUCUAUCUUCAGAAUAAUCUAAUUCCCAAAAUUGAGAACGUGGGUAAGUUAAAGAAGCUGGAAUAUUUAAACUUAGCUUUGAACAACAUUGAAAAAAUUGAAAAUCUGGAAGGCUGUGAAGAUCUGAAGAAACUUGACCUGACAGCAAAUUUCAUUGGUGAACUUUCCAGUAUUGAAACCCUAAAAUAUAAUAUACAUCUGAAGGAACUGUUUCUAGUGGGUAACCCAUGUACUGAAUUUCAAGGUUAUAGACAAUUUGUAGUGGCAACACUUCAUCAAUUGAAAUAUUUGGAUAGUAAAGAAAUAGAACGUUCAGAGAGGAUUCAAGCUCUUCAAAACUAUCCAGAAGUGAAACAGAAAAUUAAAGAACAGGAACAAUCUUACCUUCUCAAAAGAGCCAAAGAAAAAGAAGAGGCUCAAAGAAGGAUGCAUGAAAGAAAGGAUAGGAAAGAGAAACAAGUGGAAGCUAAGCUUGGAUUUGAUAGCCCAGGCUCCCUACAGAACAAAGAAAACCAUCAGUCAGAAGGAGAAACAGAAAAAGAAACAUGGAGGACAGUUGAAGAUGAUGAAGAAGACAGAAGAUUUUGGGAGGAGCCUACACCUUAUACUCCAGAAUCUAGAUUAGAAACUCACAGGUAUAUUGAAGAAAAACGGAAAGCAAAAGACAAUAUAAGGGAGCCAAAAAAGAGAGAGAAGCUUCUUCCAACACUGGUGACUGCAGAAGGAAAAGUUCUAAAUGUCAAUGUGCCAAAGCUUCAUUUCUCCUUGAAAGACGAUGAAGAAAACAACCAGUUCAUUUUGGAUCUUUCUGUUUACAGACAUCUGGACACAUCUCUGCUUGAUGUUGAUGUUCAGACGACUUACAUACGAGUACUGGUGAAGGGAAAGCCAUUCCAGCUUGUGCUCCCUGAGGAAGUGAAACCAGAUAGCAGCUCUGCUAAAAGAUCACAAACAACCGGUCAUUUAGUUGUCAGCAUGCCAAAGGCUAAAGAAAUAAUCCUGGCUAAGAAAAAAUUAUCAACUUCAAUCAAACCUUCUGACACAAUGCAAAAAAAUGCAAGAAGGAGUGGACAAGUUGAGAAAUUAGAAGUGGAUCCUAGUAAAUAUUCAUUCCCUGAUGUGACAAAAAUAAUCCAAGAAAAGGAACGAAUUGGACAGGGACCUAUUAGGCUACAAGCAGAGAAGAUUACAGAGACUAAGAAGAAUUAUAUUGAUUUUGAAGAUAAUGAAGAUGUUCCUCCCUUAAUUUGAAAUGUUCUUAAGUAGUCCCUCUAUAUGUGGCUUGUAUAUCUGAGUGGUUUUCAUGAACCUAUGUGUAAAGUAAAUAUAAUAUAGCUGAAGUUGGAAAUAUUAUUUACAGUUCUUAUCAUAAACUUUGUUAUGCCUCUGUUUUCUGCUGUGUUUUCUGUUAGAAUAUUGCUUCUAUAAAUUCUUUCUUUUUCUGGAUUUUUUUAUGCAGUAAAUCCCAAAUCAGAAUGGGAGCCAUAUAAGUGAAAUACUGUCAUUUCUUCAAAUGAUGUAUUGUUUAGCUUAAAAGAUGUCAUAUUACUGAAAAAAAAAAAAAAGAGAAGGAAGGAGAAAAAGCA